AUGUUACCACGGAUAGCACUUUUGUUGGUGUUCAUCAAAGAGAUCUUUGCUGGAUAUGUUUCACAAAGCGGCGGCACAUCUUCCCGAGGUGGAAGUCGAUGCUAUAGCUGCAUGUCGCGAUAUUACGGUGUCACCUGGCAGUUUGCCGGCUAUUCAAGGAUAUAUGUAGAGCCAAGGGCAUUCACGGACUCCUGCCGGAAUCCAAUGACUCGAGGAGCUGAUGUACCGUUCGCGUACUGCGGAGACGAGUCAAAUUGUAUUACUAUGGUAGAAGACUUGAAAAUAGUUUACGCGGUUGCCACCUGUUACAGACGUGUCUCGUCAAGAUUCCUUGGCCAAAGUGACAAGGGUGGGCCGCCGAAAGUUCGUCGAUUGACAAAGGGACGAAAAGUCGUGGCUGAAAUUAGCUAG